AUGGAAAAUGGAAUGAAUUUUAAAUCUGAAAAUUCUUCAGCUCCAACAGAUUUACCAUCUGAAGGAGGCUUAAAUUUGGCACCUGGUGCGGAACGCCAUCAAGCAUCCUUAGCUCAAAAUGGCAAUCCUGUAGGCCCAAGUGGAAUAAAUCAUACAAAUAACAAUGAACUUGUCCUCAACUACAGUACUGAUUUCCCUGAACUUCCUGACAGUCAGACUCCUGACUCAGAAAAAAUUCUUGGAGGUGCUUGGAAUAAACCUCCUGCUGUGCGUUCACAGAUUGUCACACAGGUUUUUCAACUUCAUGGUGAUGAACGAGCUUCAAAGUUUAACGCUAACAGUUUCGGAAGUGGUUCGGAGGAAGAACACAGAUGCAAAGAAAUUGCUCGCGCAACAGGCCAGGGAAAAGUUGAGGAGGCUCGAGCUCGUCUUGUGCGAGGGCUGCAAACUCAAGUUACGCGCGAAAUUUCUGUGCCUAAAGAACAUCAUCGAGUUUUAAUUGGUAAGGAAGGAUCAAAAUUACGUCAGCUUGAACAAGAAACAAACUGCAGAAUUAUUGUGCCUGGUCGGGAGAUGGCGAGUGAUGUUAUAAAAGUUGUCGGCCCACGUGAGGGUGUUGAGAAGGCUUUGCAUGAGAUUCAGCUCGUUAGUGACAAACAGUCGAAGUUAGCACAAGAGAACUUGUUGAUACCUCGGAUAUAUUAUCCUUGGAUUAGAGGUCCGAACAAUGAAACAGUUGAUGCUCUUGCUGCUGAAACUGGUGCUAAAAUUAACAUACCCCCUCCUGCAGCUCAAAACGAGAUGAUUGUCAUUACUGGUGAGAAAGAAGGGGUACACCGCGCUGCAGCUGCUAUUAAAAACAUUUACGAGGAAAAAUUGGCGAACGCUAAGUCUGUGACUUGUCAGGUGCCUAAACCACAACAUCGUUAUAUUAUCGGCCCUCAACGCAAAGGCCUUACAGAAAUAUUGAAAGAAACUGGAGUGAGUGUAGAAGUUCCUCCAGAAGAAGAAAAUUCACAUACUAUUACUUUACGAGGAGAUCAAGACAAGCUUGGUCCUGCACUGGCUCUUGUCUACGCUAAAGCAAGCAGUGUAAUUACUGUUGAAAUCACUUGCAAACCUUGGAUGCAUAAAUACUUAAUUGGGCCUAAAGGCACUACUCUCCAGACUUUGGUUCCUAACAAAGAUAAGGUUCAAAUUGAUUUUGAAAGUGGAGGGGUGAUAAUUUUGGAGGGACCACCUGAAUAUGUAAAGGCCGCACAAACUGCUUUAAACGAUCAGAUACAGCACCUCGAAGAAGAAAUGGCUCUGGAAACAAUCAAAGUUCAUCCAUCUUUUCAUAGACACGUGAUUGGAAGGGGUGGAUCAUUGAUUACAAAAAUCAAAGAGGAAACGGGGGUCCAAAUUAUCAUCCCAAAUGAGGUCACGAAUUCUGAUGAAAUCAAAGUCGAGGGAAAGAAGGAAGGGGUUAAAAAAGCUAUUGAAGAGAUCACAGAAAUCGUGAAAAGAAUUGAAAAUGAGAAGUCAAGGGACAUCUUAAUUGAACAGCGUCUUCAUAAACAAAUUAUUGGCGUCAAAGGAGAAGCUAUUAUGAAACUGCGUGAACAGUAUCCUACCGUUGUUUUUACAUUUCCUGAUCAUGGAAAGAAAUCAAAUAUCAUUAAUCUUCGCGGCGAUAAAAAUGAAGUUGAUAAAUUAUACAAACAUUUAUCUGCGAUUCAUAAGGAAUUGCUUGAACACAAUUAUCAGAUGACUGUUCCCAUAUUCAAAGAGUUUCACAAACACAUAGUCGGGAAAGGCGGGGCUAAUGUGAGGAAAAUACGUGAAGACACACAAACGAAAAUUGAUUUACCUGGUGAAGAUAGUCGGGAAGAUAAGAUCACUGUUACUGGGAAAAAAGCCAAUGUGGAGAAAGCUGUGGAACAACUUACCAAAAUUCAAAAUGAAUUGGCUAGUAUUGUGCAAAAAGAAGUGAUAAUUCCGCAAAAGGUUCAUUCACGCCUUCUGGGAGGCGGUCGACGUUUAAUACAGGAUAUACAGGAUGAGUGUGGAGGCGUUGUUACUAUUCGUGGACCAAAGGAAGAUGUUGCAAAUGCAGAAAAACUCCUUCUUGCGUUGGCGAAGGACCGAGAGCUGUCAAGUCAUGAAGAAACUGUAUCUGCAAAGCCGGAGUUUCACCGCUUCUUAAUUGGAAGGGGAGGUGUCAAAAUAAAAAAGUUACGCGAGAGUUAUCCUGAUGUGCGCAUUUCUUUUCCGCGUGAGACUGAUACAGAUAAAGAAACCAUCCAUCUUGUUGGCAAAAAAGAGGAGACUUCAAAAGUAAAGAAGCUGUUUGAAGAGAUGAUUAAUGAACUUAGUGAGACAGUUGAAAUAAAGUUUGAUGUCGAUCCUAAGUUCCACCGCCAUUUCGUCAUUCGUGGGGCCGCAGUCUUGCGUGAAAUACAAGAUCAGAAUGGCGGAGUUACCAUUUCGUUUCCAAGAGCCAACAGUCAAGACAGCAAAGUUACGAUUAAAGGAUAUAAACAGUGCGUUGAAAGUGCGAAAGCCCGAAUUGAAGAAAUUGUUGAAGAUCUGCAGGCACAAGUCAAAAUUGAGGUUGAAAUUCCAGCUGUUCAUCAUCGAGCACUUCUUUCCAACCGUGGCCAGAAAAUUCAAGAGUUGUGUGCUAAAUUUAAUGUCCAGCUAAAGUUUCCCGAUCGGCGUCUCCGAGAGGAGGCUGCAGCGGCUGAAAGUCAAGAAAAGGGAGAUCACGAAGGACCAUCUCCUAUGGAUAUUAUAACUAUUAGUGGUAGAGAUGUGCGUUGUCAAGAAGCAAAGGAAGCCUUACUUGCUUUGGUUCCUGUUUCUAAAGUGAUGCAUGAAGUAAAUAUUUCGAUUCCGCAGCAGGACAAGAACUCAGAUGAAGUAACUGUUACUGGAACUGCGGAAAACGUGGAAGCUGCAGUAAAAGAUAUUUUGAAACGCGUCGAAGAGCUUGAAGAAGCUGCAGAAGACAGAAAACGUCGCUCUUUCAAACUAGAAGUAAAUGUGCCUGCCGAAUACCAUACCCGUCUUAUAGGUUUCGGUGGUAAUGUUGUAAGUGACUUACGUAAUAGGCACAAUGUUCAGAUUUCAUUUCCUGACAAAGAUGCUGUAGCUAUGGAUAAAAUUACUCUUACUGGCAAGUGCUAUGAGGCUAACUGCAUCGCUUGUAAAGAAGAAAUUGAAGCUAUAAUAAAUGAGUCCCAGUCUUUGUUUGCUCAGGAAAUUAGUUUAGAUGCGUCGUUUCAUCCGCGACUCAUUGGUUUGAAAGGUCGCAACGUGAGGAAGAUAAUGGAUGAAUAUCAAGUUGAAAUCCGCUUCCCACGUAGCACAGAUCCCGAUCCUAAUUUAGUCGUUGUUGCCGGAAAAGAUGAAGAUUCUGUUUUUGAUUGUAUAGACCGUCUACGUGGAAUGGAAGAGGAUUACCUACAGGCAACUGGAAAUUUUGAUCGGAAUGAGCGUGGUCAGUAUCUUGCGCAGCGCCUUCCAGAACCCGCUCCGCCACCGAAACCAGUUGAAGUACAGAUCAAAGGUGCUCCUUGGCAGCUGGACAUGCAAUCAGAUGAACAGUUCCCACCAAUGGGUAACUCUCAAACUACCGGGAGCGUAAGCGGAGUUUGGGGCGGAGCCCGCCGUUUCUGA